GCCACACUGGGCUGCCAUGUGGCAACCAUCAGAGACAGAGCAGAGGUGACAAAGCUCUUUUUAAAGAGUCAAACAGCUACAGGUUCUCCUACACUUUCCUUGGUUCGCUCCUUGAUCACCCACCUCACCCGCGUGAGUUGAAUCACCCAAAAACAUGCCGGGCGCCCUGUUUCUCUGCCUCCUAGUGUCUUCUGUAAUCGCUGCAGAAAAAGACAGCGCCCUUCCUGGACUGAAUAACACCAAAGAUGUUGAAGCCUUCAUCGACUCUGCUGAAGUGGUGGUCAUCGGAUUCCUGGAGGGAGAGGAGAGUUAUGGCUAUAAAGAACUGGUGGAGGCUGUGAAGCAAGUCAGCUCUGUCCCCGCAGCCAUUUGCUCCGUGAAGGAGGUGUGGGCUGAGUACAACCUCUCCUCGGAUGCCAUCACUCUCUUCAGAAAAGCAGAUAACCACCAGGAGAACAUUGAUCUUUCUGAGGCCAAGGACUUAAAAGCUGACGGUCUUGUAAACUUUAUUUCUGUGAACGAGAUCCGAUACAUCACAGAGUACAGCCAAGUGACAGCAGUGGGUCUGUUCAAUUCAGAGGUGAAGACACAUCUCCUGCUCCUUGCCAACAGGGGGAGCAAAGAUUUUGUUGAGCUCAAGGAGCGACUGGGAGCCCUGGCACCUGAGUACACAGGCAAAUUCUUGUUCGUGCUGCUUAAUGGAGCGCUGAAGUCCAACUUAAAGCCACUCGAGUACUUUGGCCUCAAGCCGAAGGACCUCCCACGAGUUGGCAUCUACGAUGGUAACUCUGACACGAAGUGGCUUCUACCGGAAGGAGAAAUUUCUACAGAGCGAGUGCGGGAGUUCUGUGAGUCUUUCUUACGAGGAGAACUGAAGGGGAUGAAAGAGGCUGAAGAAAAGCCUAAAACAGAGCUGUAGGACUCAAGAUGAAAAUGAGCUUCUUAUUUACAAAAUAAAAUGAGUAAAUUUGAAUGAAAAAA